AUGAACUUAUUGAUACAGGAUUUACUUGAUAAUUCUGAAUCAGAGUAUGAAUGAAAUGAUAGUGAUACAGAAAAUGUUGAUACAGAUGACAAAAUAUUGGAGUUUUUAAAGUCGUUUAGAUGGAAAAAUACUAGAUGAAAUAGAUCCUAUUCAGGAAACCCUUCAAAUAUAGGAAGACUGAGGUGAUCAUUGAUGAUAAGAAGACAAUCGAUAAGAAAAUCCUGAACACCAGAAAAAUAA